GCCCUCUCUACCUCAGGAGGGCUGGCUUCUCUUGAGCAGCUCCAGCCUCUUGUGGCUUCUGCCGACCUCAGAGCCAGCUGCAGAGGGCAGGCCCGUGGGGCCCUUGCCCCACAGCAUCAUGAUGGGAAAACUCCCUCUCGGGGUUGUCUCUCCUUAUGUGAAGAUGAGUUCAGGGGGAUGUUCUGAUCCUCUGAAGUUUUAUGCUACCAGCUAUUGCACAGCCUAUGGUCGAGAGGAGUUCAAGCCCCGCAUGGGAUGCCAUGUAGGCACAGGCUACAAAUCCAACUAUCGGCCCAUGAUUUACAAACCCCACCUGGACAGCCUGGACAAUCCUGCCACGGGGGAACAAAUCCAUGACACUUCCAAGUCUGUGGCCAGUCAGAGCUAUUGUCCCUUAGAAGGGCCUGACAGCAAGCAGCCCCUGCCCAGGAACCUGUACCAGACCACCUCUGGCUAUGCACGAGAAAAGUUCAACACUGGGCCCCUUUCCAAGGAGGUCAGUACUGGGCCCAUGCCAGAGAGGAGCGAGCCCCAGGAUGUGUGCAGGAAGUCAGGGAGGGUCAGGAAGGUCCACUUCGACACCCAGGAUCACGGGCCUCAGACCAUCACAGGACUGGAGCCCAAGGAGGUGCCCCUGCUCCACCAGCAGCAGGGCAAGGGCUCUAUGGAGUGGGAGAACUCGCACUAUGGCCCACGCUUCAUGUCGUCUGAGUACAACUCCAAGUAUAUCAAGGAGACGCCAAACCACCCAGAUCCCUUGCUCAAGAAGACAAUUGGCGUCAGAGAAGAGUCUGGCUUCACAGAAGAGACUAGCAAGAAUCCCAUUGUCUUUCAGCCACCCUCACAGGCGCUGGCCGGGGAACCUGUCCUCCAUCCAGGACGGAGCGUCACCAAGUCAGACUACCUCCCUAUAAAUCACCCUCAGGGAAACGAGUUUCUCCCUGUGCUGACCAGAGGCUCUGAUCGGGACACAGGAUACAGCCGAGUGAAUGAAAGGACCUUGAGCUCCAGAAUGCCUGCUCCAAGCCCACAAUCAGCCACCAUGAGCCACAGGUCCUACCAGCCACCCCAGCGGAUGCAACAGACAAACGUUGCUCUGCUUGGCAGGGAGUCUAUAGGGAACAAGGAGCCCACAGGGUUCACUCUUAACAACCCCAGCUACUUCCGGAGCUCCUUUGAUCCCGACAGAGAUCAGCGGUACCUGACUACCUACAACCAAGGGUACUUUGAUAACACGCCCAAGGGGCUGGAACGGGAAGGCUGGACUCGAGGUGGCAUCCAGCCCCAGAAACCAGGAGGUUACGCCCUCAGUGAGUCCAUUAACCGCAUGGAGAACACCCCCGACCCCGCGGAGACCCUGCGGCACCUACACCCCCAUGUGGGAAGAACCUUGACUUCACUUGACCCCUUCUAUCAAACUCAUAACAACCGCUAAAUGGCUUCCAGCUGAGUCUGGAAGGUUGGCCGUGAUGGGACAAGUUGUGUUUCCUAUGCUUUGAAAGAUUCCCCCAGUUACUUUACUAAGGAAAUAAAGAACGCUGAACCAG